AUGGUAUCUAAUAAAAAAGUUAGAGGAGAGUUUGAAAGGCCUAUAGUGGUAGGGUCAAUCUCUAACUGGUUAGGUAAGAAAGGUGAUGGUUUGACACACACACAUAGAUGGACUGCAUAUUUAAGAGGUAUGAAUAACGAAGAUUUACCAUUUAUAAAAAGGGUAGUUUUUCAUUUACACAGUAGUUUUAAAAACCCAAAUAGAGUUGUUGAAACACCGCCCUAUGAAAUUAGCGAAACAGGAUGGGGUGAGUUCGAUUUAAAAAUAACUUUACACUUUACAGACCCAAAUGAAAAAUCAAUAGAAUUAUUUCAUUUACUUAGACUUCACCCACCUGAAGGUGUCAAUACUAAAACCAAACAUCCAGUUGUUUCAGAAACUUUAGACACAUUAGUAUUUAAAGACCCCACAGAAUCAUUUUACAAUUUAAUUAAAUUACCAGAUAAAAAUCAACAGAAUUUAUCGAAUCCUGCACUUCAGAUCGCAGGCGAUACACCUUUAACUAGUCAAGAACAGAUGGAAUUAAAUAAAAUCAUCGACUCAAGAACCAAAGUUAUAGGUGAUAUUCAAAAGUACAGAGAUACAUGCAAACAAAAGGAAUCUGAAGCUAUAGGACUAUACCAAUCAAUUCAACAAAUGGAAAAACAAAAAUUAAUCUUACAAAAAAAACUUGAAAAAUAUAAUCAAUUACAAAAAUCAAAAAUUGAUAAAAAUAAUAAUAAUAAUAAUAGUAACUAUAAUAACCCUACACCAUCAUCUUCAGCAUUACUAUCUUCUGCAAAUAAUUCAAAUAUUUUAACUCCAACAAACAUAUCAACACCAUCAAAUAUUACAACUCCAUCAUCUACAUCUACACCAAAUUUAUCAACAUCGAUACCCACACCAAUGUCGAUCGAUUCACCAACACAAAACCCUUUUACACCAAUAUCAACAACUACACCAAACAAUAAUUAA